AUAUAAAAAAUGCCAAAACUUGAAAAAAUGAGCUCUGAAGAGCGUAUAAAUAUAUGUAAAAAAAUGUUUUAUGGAGGAUUUGCUUUUUUGCCCUUAUUAUGGUUAGUGAAUUUUAUGUAUUUUUUCAAUACAAGUCGUAAAGCUGAUGCGCCAAAAGAAUUAAAGAAAUAUGUUUAUUUUUCACUUUUUGGCUGUAUUGUAUGGUUUAUUCUACUUACAACUUGGUAUGCGAUAUUUGUUAACAAAAGAGUUGCUUGGGGACAAAUAGCAGAUCGUAUUACAGUCGUAAUACCUAAAGGGCUUUAA